UUUUUUAUUUGCAACUUUGCACACGAAAGCGACGAAGUAAACAGGAGGACUCGCUAAGUUCGUUUAGUAUGUUGGGAGUUAUUACUAAAUAUUAAUUCAUUUAAACUAUCAUUUUGAUGAGAUAACAAUCCACAGAUUUUACACCACAAGACCUAAGGGAUAAUUUGAACGUCAUGGCUGGAAAGACAGAUAUGGAAAGAGUUGGUCUCUUUAAAGAGAUGGGAUAUACAACAAUCGGGGAUAAAUAUUCAACAAAAGGCACAUCUUUCAAUGAUGCAGCUCACAAGAGCAAGCAGAUGUUACCUGGCGGUUCAAAGACCAGGUCGUCUUUACAGUCAGGAUACUUUGACGACAAGUACAACCGCGUAAUGGAGGGAGAAGCGUAUAGUGACCCAGUGAAACGAAGACGGCAGGAAAGAAUACAACAAAGUAAAAAAAAUAUUGGCAAGGCAUUUCUACCCAGUAAUGGUGACAAAAAACCAUCAGGAAUUGGAAACCAUUAUGGCACAUUUUCUGGUUCAGUUGGCGCUUUUAGUCCAGUUAAGAAAUCAGGAAAAGCAUACAAAUCACCUGGCAAGAAUGUGAUCACCAAUCCUGGAAGAAAAGGAACUGGCUUUGGUUAUGUCAAUUUAACCAUUGGUAAAAGUUACACAUAUUCUUCAAACUCUUUUGACAAAGGCAAAGAAUUACGUUGGAGAGAAUUGGAAGAACACAGAAAAGCUAUGAAAGGAGGAUCAUUCAAGUUAAAUAUGCACCCAAAGGCAUACUUUGAUGGAAAUCCAUAUGCCAGUGAUAGGCCUCUUCCACCUCUCAAAGCAAAUAAACAAAGCACAGAAAAGAAGGGUGUCCAUCCUUUCAAGCCAAGCUCACCGGCAAAAAAGAUAGCUGGAAUGAAGGCAGGAACAUUUGACCCAUAUCCCUCACACUCUGAAGAUCCAUACAGGGUAAAGUCGAAGAAAGGUCCACCUUCGAUGAACAGUAGUGGCAAGAUAUUCAUGCCCACUCCAGGACCUAAGAGUGCCCCAACCAAUUCAAUUAUAAACCAAAAUGUUGUCAGAAGAAUAAACGGCAAUAACUUUCGAAUUGCUCAGCCAUCUUUCUAAUACCAAACAAACAAAUGAUGUCAGAGGUUAUGUGACAGCAUUCUAUCACCAAGUCAGCCUAUGAAACCAAAGUUCUUAAUGGAUUUGUAUUAUAUGAAACAGCCUAUACAUUCUAAAACCAAUUUUAUAUAUAUUUGUAUAGUAAUUAAGUUAUGUUUCUGUUUGUCUGCCACAGUUGUUUAGCAUAACUGUAUUUAUACCUAUCUGUACUCUGGUAGAAAAACAUUAAAAUGAUGUGAAAAUAAGUCAACCUUUUCCUAAGGUUUAUUCUAUUAGCAAAAAAUGAAAUGUAUGCGUUAUCAUUUUGAUAUAGGUACUGGCAAACAGUGAUGGAUCAAAGAAUUUGAAAUAGAGGGGGGUCCAGGGAGGGACUUCAACAGGUGUAAAGUGUAGACCACCUCAGCUGAGGUAAA